AAUUGAUGUUUGUUUGUAUGUAUGUUUGUUUUUUAUUAUAUAUAUUUUUGGUUUUGUAAUUUCCUGGGCGUUACCUGCGUGGUGGUGACCGCCUUCUUCUCCGACGCCUGCCCUCGUUGCUUCCGCUGGCCAUCCCUUUUUUCCCAACCUUGCUGCUGCUGUUCUUUGCUUCCCCUGUCUCUCCUCUCCUUUCCUGCAGCGUCUUGCGUCGUCGCCACGGCUCAUCUCCCUCGCAAGCGUGUUACGGACCCGCGCGGUCUCUAAAGUCCUCCGUCGUUGGGAUUGAGAUUUGGCUUUCCUGGUUGUUGCUGCUGCUCCCGGAGCGAGCUUGCUUCCCAUAAGGUUGCGUAAGGAAUUGGGAAACUGUGCCUCGUGGAUUUGAGGCUCACUACACGGUGGUUGGGAAGUCGCCUGUUUUGAGGAGCCCAGGGUGCAAGGAUGGGUACUCAAUCGCUGAUUUACAGCUUUGUUGCCAGAGGACCGACAGUACUGGCUGAGUAUACAGCUUUUUCUGGAAACUUCAGUACCAUUGCAGUGCAGUGUCUGCAGAAGCUUCCGCCGAACAACAACAAAUUCACCUACACAUGUGACCGGCACACAUUCAACUAUCUUGUUGAGGAGGGCUACACAUACUUGGUGGUGGCUGAUGAAGAGUUCGGGCGUCAAAUACCGUUUGCCUUCCUUGAGCGAGUGAAGGAGGACUUCAAGCGGCGGUAUGCGGGAGGAAAAGCUGAUUCGGCUAUUGCCCAUAGUUUAGACAAGGAAUUUGGUCCGAAGCUCAAGGACCACAUGCAGUACUGUGUGGAUCACCCGGAUGAAAUGAACAAGAUUUCCAAGAUCAAGUCUCAAGUGGCCGAAGUUAAGGGGAUUAUGAUGGACAACAUUGAAAAGGUCCUUGAUCGCGGAGAGAAGAUUGAGCUUCUCGUUGACAAGACAGAGAAUCUACGUUUCCAGGCUGACAAUUUUCAGCGGCAAGGCCGGCAGCUGCGUCGCAAGAUGUGGUUCCAGAACAUGAAAGUCAAGCUCAUAGUUCUUGCCAUCAUCAUCGUGGUGAUCAUUAUCAUUUGGCUUUCCAUCUGCCGUGGUUUCACAUGCAAAUAAUUAGGUGAUGAUGUGUUGGGUGCUGCGUUGGACUGUUUAGGACUGAAUUUUGACGUAUGGGCGCUUUGUUCAUUGCAGAUUUUAGUUUAGAUACUGACUGGAGCGUGGCAAGAAUAAUCUCAGUUGAUCCUUGUUUUCUUCUAGCUGUCUGUGAACUCCGUUGGGUAGUCAACCUUUAGCCUCUGUAGUUGUAAUGAGAGAAUGGUUACCCAUCGGAAAUGUAGUUUCAGAUGCUGGAGUUGAUGUGACAGGCCUAUUCACAGAAUACAGUUUUGUAAAUUCCCACAUUUUCCUAGGUUGGGGUGAUCUUACCACAAACUACUUUGCAGGUGAUGCUUCUGGUGGUAUCUCGCCACUCCCGUAUUGUACCCAAUGAUUAGGAGCCUCUUUAAUACCAAAUUAUGUUUAAAAUUCAGUUAA